AGUGGGACAACGAUGCCAAGCAAAUCAAACAAACGCACAAGGAUACAUUGGCCGUAGAAGGAAAAAAAAAAAUAGAAAAGAAAAGGGUAAAAAGGGAAAUGAAAUAAAGGUCCAUUUGAUAAACUACUUACGUCCGCUAACGAGUAAAAAGAUUGUAUGCAAUAAGGGCAGAUCGUAUAAAAUGCUCAGCUUGGUUUGUCCGGAGAGAAAACAUAGCAAUCUCAAUUUCUCGCUCUCUCUUCGUGUAAUUUUUCUUUGCUCCUUUUUGAAAUUCAAAAUCAUUCAUUUCUGAGCGAAUGGCGGAUCAACUCACCGAUGACCAGAUCUCCGAGUUCAAAGAAGCCUUCAGCUUGUUCGACAAGGAUGGCGACGGUUGCAUCACCACCAAGGAACUUGGGACUGUGAUGAGAUCAUUGGGCCAGAACCCCACUGAGGCAGAGCUCCAGGACAUGAUUAACGAGGUGGAUGCUGAUGGUAACGGGACUAUUGAUUUCCCUGAGUUCCUUAAUCUUAUGGCCCGGAAGAUGAAGGAUACCGACUCUGAGGAGGAGCUUAAAGAAGCCUUCCGGGUAUUUGACAAGGAUCAGAAUGGUUUCAUUUCAGCUGCUGAGCUGCGCCACGUUAUGACUAACCUAGGGGAGAAGCUGACCGAUGAAGAAGUCGAUGAGAUGAUAAGGGAAGCUGAUGUAGAUGGCGAUGGCCAGAUAAAUUAUGAGGAAUUUGUCAAGGUUAUGAUGGCUAAGUAAUGGCCCCACCCUCACCAAAAUUUCUUAAAGAAAAUCAUUUUAAAAAAAAAUUGGAAAAACGAAAACAGGGUUGACUAAUAUAAUGGGAUCCCUAGUUUGGUCUUCACCAUUUUUAAUUUGAUAGUUUCUCAAGUGAGCAGCGGUCUGUAAUGGUGGUGAAGGAAUUGUUGUUUACCCUUGUCCUGUCUUGUGACUUUUUCACAUAUCUUUUUAUCUGUUUUUAUAUAUUCUACUUUUUCAGUGAACCUAAGGUAGCUUUGAGAACAUUGUAUUCUGUUUUAAAAUUAGCUAUUACUUCUUGGUAUGUGCAUAUCCGAAUUAGAAUGUUCUACUGCCUUAUGAUAACUAUUAGAUUUUAGAUCUUGCUUUUGUUUUGUGUAUCUGUUUUUACGUGUGAAGUUUAUUCUGGGCCAAGAGGCAAUAUUACAAUUUCUGUUGUAUUGGAGUCUUAACUUAUUAUAUACUUUUCCAGCUGUUAGUUCA